UUUAAGGUCACCGCAGUCAUUCGGUAGCUAGCCAUCCGACGGAAGCGGAGGAGAUCCCCAGCAAGGAUAGACCCAGCGAAACAAGCAACAUGUCUCUGUCUAACAAGCUCACCCUGGACAAGGUGGACGUCAAGGGGAAGCGGGUCAUUAUGAGGGUUGACUUCAAUGUUCCAAUGAAGGAUAAGCAGAUCACAAACAACCAGAGGGUCAAGGCAGCAGUUCCCAGCAUCCAACACUGCCUGGACAACGGUGCUAAAUCUGUUGUGCUGAUGAGCCAUCUGGGCCGUCCUGAUGGAAACCCCAUGCCUGAGAAAUACUCCCUGGAGCCCGUCGUUGCCGAGCUCAAGACCCUGCUGGGGAGGGAUGUCGCCUUCCUGAAGGACUGUGUGGGUCCAGAGGUGGAAGCUGCCUGCGCUGACCCCGCCACCGGAUCUGUCAUCCUGCUGGAGAACCUCCGCUUCCAUGUUGCCGAGGAGGGAAAGGGCAAGGAUGCCUCUGGAAACAAGACCAAGGCCUCCCAGGCGGAGAUUGACUCCUUCAGGGCGUCUCUGUCCAAACUAGGAGAUGUUUUCAUCAACGAUGCCUUCGGCACAGCUCACAGAGCCCACAGCUCCAUGGUAGGAGUGAACCUGCCUCAGAAGGCGGCUGGAUUCCUGAUGAAGAAGGAGCUUGACUACUUUGCCAUGGCUCUGGAAAAACCUCAGAGGCCCUUCCUGGCCAUCCUCGGAGGAGCGAAGGUGAAAGAUAAGAUCCAGCUGAUCAACAACAUGUUGGAUAAGGUUGAUGAGAUGAUCAUCGGUGGCGGCAUGGCCUUCACCUUCCUCAAAGUCCUCAACAACAUGGAGAUCGGUACCUCCCUGUACGACGAGGAGGGUGCCGGCAUCGUCAAGGACCUGAUGGCAAAAGCGGAGAAGAAAGGCGUCAAGAUCACGCUGCCCGUCGACUUCAUCACUGCAGACAAGUUUGACGAGAAAGCCACCACCGGCACUGCGACCGUCGCUGCUGGCAUUCCUGCCGGCUGGAUGGGUUUGGACUGUGGACCAGAGAGCUCUAAAGCCUACGCAGAGGCGGUGGCCAGGGCCAAGCAGAUCGUGUGGAACGGCCCAGUUGGCGUGUUUGAGUGGGACAACUUUGCCAAAGGGACAAAGAACCUGAUGGACAAAGUGGUCGAGGUGACCAAAUUGGGCUGCAUCACAAUUAUCGGUGGGGGCGACACUGCCACCUGCUGUGCCAAGUGGAACACGGAAGACAAAGUCAGCCAUGUGAGCACAGGAGGCGGCGCCAGCCUGGAGCUGCUGGAGGGUAAAGUCCUGCCUGGUGUGGACGCACUGAGCAGUGCCUAAACUUCCCAUCUGCCCGCUGGUGUGAGUGUGUGUGACUGUGCGUGGAAGUGUGUAUGAGAGGUGGGUCGCUACUCAGCCAGACAACUGUUUACUCCUGAAACCUCCAAACAACAAAAGGAGAGAGAACCACACCCGCUUUACCAGCCAUUUAAUCUUGUGUUCAGUCUUUGUUUUUAAUGCCAGCUAUGAGAAUCACUUCCUUUGCGUCAGAUGUAUCAGCACUGUCUGUAACAAGUAGAGCCUUCUGCCUUACUUCAACAUGCUGAUAAAGCUCCUCAAGUCAAACUGCAGGAAAUAGGAGCCACAGUGAUGGCUCAUAUUUGACAAGUAAAACUUUCUUUUUUAAGACGAAGAAAAAUGUCAAAAGGCUUGUAAAGGUGGUUGUAGUUUUCUGCAUUUUCCUGUUGACAUGCUGAACGGCUGACUGAAACACAGCAGAUACAGAAUCUGGAUUAAGUCUUAGACAUGCUGGAGGAAGUGUCAGCCGUUAAUAGACACUGGCUCUCGUGUGUGUCUGUGUAAUACUGCGUCACUUUUGUGUAGCCACCCUGGGAACGUCCCUGCACCACCCUCAGUGUGUAUACCGAUGCAUAUAUCGGUUAUAUAUAGCAACGGUUUAUGUGCGUGCGUGUCUGUUCCCAUGAAUGUCACCUCUGAUCUUCUGUCUGUUUUCUGAGCGGCUUCAGACUGUGGCUUGUCUGUCUCUGCGGAUCUAUUCACAAAAAUAAAACCAUCUCUGUGUAAAAACC